AGAUGGGUGUGAGCUGGCCACAUGCAUGAUCUCACUUAACGAGGAACUCGGACUCAGAGGACUCAUGGUCAUUCCAGGUAUGAACUUGCUGGGCUUCCACCUGACUGUGUCUUCCGUUCAGUAGGUGGAGCCACUCUUCCUCAUUAGAAUAAAGUCAACAGAUUGAACUCAAUUAUAAAUAGGAAAAAAAACGUGCCCUUGGCCACUGAGUGCUGCUGAGAGGGAAGACUGGCUGGAGGACUUGGGUGCAGCGGUGAGAAGUAUUGGAGCAUGAGUUUCAAGUCAAAAUCCAUCGGGAUCAUCGGAGCUCCUUUCUCCAAGGGUCAGCCACGAGGAGGGGUGGAAGAAGGCCCUGCAGCAUUGAGAAAGGCCGGUCUGCUUGAGAAACUUAAAGAACAAGAGUGUGAUGUGAAAGAUUAUGGGGACCUGUGCUUUGCUGAUGUCCCUAAUGACACUCCCUUUCAAAUAGUGAAGAAUCCAAGGUCUGUGGGAAAAGCAAAUCAACAGCUGGCUGAUACGGUAGCAGAAAUCAAGAAGAACGGAAGGACCAGCCUUGUACUGGGCGGAGACCACAGUAUGGCGAUUGGCAGCAUCUCUGGCCAUGCCAGGGUCCACCCAGAUCUCUGUGUCAUUUGGGUGGAUGCUCACACCGACAUCAACACUCCACUGACAACCACGACCGGGAACUUACAUGGACAGCCUGUGUCUUUUCUCCUGAAGGAACUAAAGGAAAAGAUUCCCGAGGUCCCAGGACUUUCCUGGGUAACUCCCUGCCUAUCUGCCAAAGAUAUUGUGUAUAUUGGCCUGAGAGACGUGGACCCUGCAGAACACUAUAUUUUGAAAACUCUGGGCAUUAAAUACUUUUCAAUGACUGAAGUGGAUAAGCUGGGAAUUGGCAAGGUGAUGGAAGAAGCAUUCAGCUAUCUACUAGGAAGAAAGAAAAGGCCAAUUCAUUUGAGCUUUGAUGUUGAUGGACUGGAUCCAUUUUUCACACCGGCCACUGGCACACCAGUCCACGGAGGUCUGUCUUAUAGAGAAGGUAUCUACAUCACAGAAGAAAUUUACAAAACAGGGCUACUGUCAGGAUUAGAUAUCAUGGAAGUGAAUCCAUCUCUGGGGAAGACACCAGAAGAAGUAACUCGGACGGUGAACACGGCAGUAGCACUGAUCUUGGCUUGUUUUGGAGUUGCUCGGGAGGGUAACCAUAAGCCUAAUGAUUACCUGAAACCACCUAAGUAAAUGGAAACAUUACAUGAAAAUCUCACAACUGAUGACAUAAUUAGCAAAUCUAACAGUUUAGUUAAACUUACAGUUAUCUUCCCGAUUGGACUUUCAGAAAAAUGUUUUGCCCUGGUAAAUAUGAGUACCAUUAGUAUAAACUGUAUCAAUUCCCUCUUGGUGUGAAAAUCAAGAUAUGGAACUGCUAGCUUUUGUGAAAUUAAAAAACUUAUUAUUUCCAA